AUGCUACUGUCCAUAUACAUCCAAACAACAGAAAGGUAGUGCCGUGCUGAUGAUAAUUACUAGUUACACGAAGACCCUCCACUUAUACCGCACUAUACGACUAGCCUAAUUGGGAAGGCUGUCAUUACACAAUAUAACAACAGACCUGAGCCGCCGUACUACGGCGGAACAAGAUGUUUUCAAUUCACCGCAAUACGGACAUUGACUUCAUCUUCCAAUCUUCACCAACAAUUUCACCAAGCCACACACUCGGGCUUUAUUUAAGUGGCAGUUGUACUGACUAACGACACAAGAUACCAACAUCCGAAACUGAUGCAGCCAUGGACAACAUGCUCUCAGAGCUCCAUGCACUUUCAAUACCCAGUUCGGAGGAAGAGCUUCGCGCUGCCAUCGCCUUCUUGAAAGCAUCUACACGUGCCGCUGAUCGUCGCACGAAGAUCAUCACUUCACAGAGCGCUCUGGCGGGCCGCCUUCGAAGUUCUAAUGCUCAAAUUGGUGCCCGCAGGACAAGCUAUGCGCACUACAUCAAGCAGAAGGAGACUAGAGAGGUGCAGCAUAUCAAGUUUGCUAACGAGCAGCUACUGGACAGUCUAGGAUUAGAUCUACGGGUACACAGCGAUGAAAAUGCCAAAGCAGUCAAGGUCAUACCGGCUACAGUAACGGAGGUCUUGAACACGGACGACCGCGUCCUCGCAGAGCUCAAUGACCUUUCCGCCAACUAUCCACCAAAUAAUGCUGAUAUCAACUCGACACGAGAACGAGUAACCAAGCUAAACAAAACACUACGGCAUUUCCGGACGCAGACUAUUAAGGACCGCCUUGAUCGCACUUAUCUAGAAAGUUUGGAGGCGUCACAUGGCGACGAUCCACCUCUUGAGGUCUCCGACGCGUCUGCCGCGGACGUCCAAGGAGACUUGGGAUCCUUGUACGGAGAAAUCGAGGACCUUGUGACCAUAAUCAUGUCUCAGGAGCAUGAUUCUGGUAUUGAGCAGACUCUGCAAGACAUUGUCCAGAUCCGAGAACGAGACCGUCAAUCACUGAAUGAACAUUUACACGGCAUCCUAUCGUCUCUCACCGAUCGCAACGACACGUUGGCAAACGGACUCGACAGCUUGCAGUCUCAAGAAACCACGUUGGAGGAUAUGUCGUCACAACUCCAGCGCCUCAUGGUGAAAUCGCACGCUGAUCAGGAUCCGGCUCUUCGCACUGGGACCCCGGAAGUAAAAGAUAGUCAUCCCGCCUUGUUCAAUCUUCUCGAACAUCUCGGCUGCUCGCAAGACAACCCCACCAGUCCACAUGGUCAGCUCGAACGUCUAGGCAUGAAGCUUGCUCGCAAGGCCGAAGCAAACGUGGCACAAGUCCUCAAAGUCUCGCAGGAGACGCCCGAGAUGACUCGAACAGCACUGCGUGACAUUGGCGCUGCUCUAGCAUCAAAUUCUUCGCAUAUUACUGAGCUAGAUGCUCUACAGCGCUGCAUCGACGCAGCCGGGAUGAAUCUUGAACAAAUAUCCAGUUGAGUUUCGCAGAACAUCUCGAUGUACGUCUACGUUCGCAAGCAAAGACACAAAGUGUGCAAAUAUACACCGACAGCGCUGCGAGUCUAUCAUCAGCUGUCCCUGGCAUACCAUCAUCAGAAGAAACGGAUCAAACCUCCUCAGUAACCCUCGGCAUCACCACCGUCUGCGACCGCUCCUUCUCCUGGCCACCAACCCUCUUCUCCUCCGACUUUGUCUUGGUAAAACUCCUCGCCAACGUAAAGAACCCCUGCCUCAACCCCAGCGCGGACCGCU